AUGAAACAGCAAAAAAAAUUAGUGCUACAUUUCGAUUUGAAUAAAACUAUUAUAUUGGCUGAUUCCAAAUAUAUCAAUUAAACUAAAGAAGAAUGUGUAUCAUAUAAAAUCUUUAGUAUUAGUUAUAAGAAAUAUUGGUUGGAUAUGCAUGGGGUAAAUUAGAAUAGAGAGAUGAAAAAUCACCAGUCUUAUGGAAAUUAUUAACAAAUAACUUUACUCCAAUUAGACCUAGUGAAGAUAUGAUAUCUUAUAAAGAAUACAUAUGUUAACAAUUUCCUCUCAAAACUGAAGGAGAUCCAGAUGAUAUUACAGAAUAUAAUAAUAGUGCUAUGUAAAAUAGAUUAAAUAAUUAAAUUUAGAGAAUAACGAAAAUAAUUAUAUUUUCAGUUUGUCAAAUUAGGAUAACCAUGUAUGAAAUUGAAACCAGAAUAUGACAGAAUUGUAAAAUUAAUAGUAUUUUGUUCAUUAUUAAAAUAAAUUAGACUUUACCAAAAGCUGUGAUUGAAGAAUUAAAGUAAUAAGCUGAAGAAUUUGGUUUCUUGAAUGAAGAAGAAGUUAAAUAAAGAAAUUUAACUUAAUUGUUAUCUGAUAAGGAUAUGUUAAAUAAUUUAUUUUCAGAUAAUAAAUAUUAAUUGUUACCUACAUUUUAUAAGACUAUAAUAAAUUUAAAAAAAUAGAAAAGAGAAUUUGCAAUAGUAUUUAGACCAUUUGGAACUGAUCCAAAAAAUAUAUUGAGAGAAUUUAAUAAAUUUUGUUUAGGAGAACAUCCAUGUUUUAGUGGUAGAAAUAAUACACCAAUAGUUAAAUUUGAUGGAUCAAAAGGGACUAAAAAUUAUAUUGUUUUGGAUAAAUAAUGUGCUUUAGUUUAUAGACAAUAAAAAUAAUUAGUAACAGGAACUUUAAGAAGAACAGAUAAAUAAUAAUUAGAAGAUGGAUAUGAAAAAGAAUUAGAAGAAGAAUAAGUUUAAAUAUAUAAUGAAACACAAAUGCUAUUAAAAAUAACUGAAUCAUUAAAGGAAAGUUGUGCUUUAUGUUAUGUUGAUGAUUUUAACUUUUAUUAAGCAUAUCCAAAUGAAUAAAAUGCUAAAUAAUUAUAUGUUGAUUAAUAAGAUGCUGAUACACUUCAUAUAUUUUUUGAUGAUGGAAUUUAAGAGUAAUUAUAUAUUUUAUAUAUAUAGAAAUGAAAAUAACUUAGUUUAAGUAACAGAUUGUGUAACAUUAGAAAAUUUAAGUAGAAAGAGAUGUUUGAAUAAAUAUUUAGUACAUGUGGAUAUAUUAGAUGUUAUUAAAGAUCCUGAUUAUUUCAUAAAAUAAAUUGAAAUAUGUGAAAGAAAUAGAAAUGAAGAAAUUGAAAGAAUAGAAAAAGGUAUACCUGAAGAAUAAACUGAAAUACCUAAGAAGAGUGAUUGGGAAUUAUUAGAAGAAUGUUCUGAUGCUGAUUAUUUACGUAAAACAAUCCUUCCUUUAUUAAUGCCUGCUUUAUAAUUGGUAGAUAUUGAAAGACCUAAAGAUCCUCUUGAAUUUAUAGCCAUGUAUUGUUUAAAGAAUAAAGAAAUGGUCAAGAUUCCAUAACCCCCUGAAUAAUAGGAAUGA